CUUGUGGAGACAAGCUCAUUCCGAACCCAUCGCACAACUACGCUGCGCUAGAGUCGAUCUCGCUGCGGGUGAAAGACUUGAGCGGCAGGAGCUGAAUUUGCAUGAAGACGGACUAUUGCUGUUGAUAAAUUGACGGACUAGACGGACUAUUACUGUUGAUAAAUUGACGAAAACCAGGAUGUAUUUUGGUAACGUCUGUCAGAACACCGCUGUUCACUCAUUGGCCCGUGGGCCCACUGCGAGCGGUGCCCAAACCUCCAUGGCGCUGAAGACCCUCCUCCCGUUCAGCCUGUUCCCUGGCUUCAGUGAAAUGGACCGCAUUCACAAAAUGCUGAUUGGUCCAGGGGUUGGGCUAGCCACGCCCCUUAUGAGGAAACCCAGCUCAUCGUGUGUUGUGUGCCGACUGAGGUUCAACUCGGAGAGCCAGGCCUCAUCCCAUUACAGAGGUACCAAACACUUCAAGAGGCUCAAAGCCCUCGACCCACUGGACUGCAAGACCAGAGCCCCUGAUGCAGUCAGCAAGAGCCCUGUCUCUCCCUGCCCUGUGCCACCCAGCUCAGACUACAGUUCAACAGAUGUCACAUUCGGACCCGUCUUUUCACCACCCUCUGCCUCUGGGGUGGCGCCAUCGACCUGCAGCCCAGCAGUUUCGAUGGAGACGCCCACUGAUCCCUCUCUGUCGCCCUGUCCCAUGGUGGAGAAGGAGAAGGAGAUGGAAGGAGCGGUGGAGGAGGUCGGAGAGUCAGAGGAAGAGAAGGCUAAGAGACUGCUCUACUGUUCUCUCUGCAAGGUGGCCGUCAACUCUUCAUCCCAGCUACAGGCUCACAACAGCGGCACGAAACACAAAACAAUGCUGGAGGCCAGGAGCGGCGACGGAGCCAUAAAGUCAUUCCCCAGGUCAGGGGUCAAAGCCAAGCUGGCCCCUCCCACCGAGGUGUCAACGGGGCUCCAGAACAAAACUUUCCACUGUGAGAUCUGCGACGUUCACGUCAACUCCGAGACACAACUCAAACAGCACAUCAAAAGUAGAAGACAUAAAGACCGAGCAGCAGGGAAGCCAGCCAAGCCCAAGUUUAGCCCAUAUGGUCUACCGCCCCAACGCAACCAGUCAGUUGGGAUCGCUCUGAGGAAGGAGCAAGACUUGGCGAAGCCUCUCGCCUCGUGCCUCUUACAGCGCCAUCUCUCCCUUGUUGCUGCUUCUGCUGCCAUGGCAACCCUGUCCCCGUUUCAUUUGCGCCCUGGCCCUACACCUGGCCCUGCCCUCUUUCAGAUUCAGGCCCUCCCCCAGACCUUGUUACAUCCCGCCCCAGGACCUUUCCGUUCGGCACAUACAUCAGUUCUGUUCUCACCGUACUGACCCAGAUCUGCACCAGACUUGGCCCAUACCUGACCCAGACCCGUAACAGAUGGACCAAAACCCAACAGAACCUGUGGGACCAGUGCAGACAAAUUAUGGUCUGAAAAGUGUGCAUGUGUGUGUUUGUGUACGUGUGCGUGCGUUUGUCAUGUGCGUGUGUUUGUCAAGAAAUAUGGGUAUUGUUUUUCAAUAAAGAAUAUGUUUCUGGCUGUGAUGUUGUGGAGGUCUAUUGUUUAAGAAAAAUCCGAUCCGUCCUUGUUUACGGAAUCCCAUCCGUCCUUGUUUACGAACACUGGAAUGUGAGAUGAUAGAAAACUUCAUUAUUUAGUUGAAUGAUUUUUGAUUUGAACAUCAUUAUAGCCUACACGUUCUCAUUCUGAACUUCUAACCCGAGUGGGACGGGUGUGGCUUUGUGACAAUGAUCAGAAGAGCAGCUGCUAACGGAUUGGACAGCUCCAACGCAGUUCCACCUCCGACAUCACAAAAACAUCAGCUAUGCGGGUGUCGGCUAUCGCCAGUUAAUUAACACCUCAUCUGAUUGAAUCUAGGCCAAAGUCAGCCUCAAAUAGAGCCAGAGGCAGACAACCAGAGACACAGACAGAAGCACAUCCCUCAACCCGCACCUCAGUGAGUAGAGAAGCCAUCUGAACCCUUCUGCUACUGAAGCUAGUUUACAGUCUGACGCUAAUCCCUUUUUGGAUCCCAUUCAAGAAUUUCUCAAAAACUGAAAUAAAUGAAGAGAUGCAGAUCCUUCAUUUGGCUUCAAACGAUGGGCCUUCAUCAAUGAUUUAUUACUUAGAGUCCAGAUAAUCCCCCUGGCGUAACUCAUUCAGAUAAAUCACAACAGGAAUGUGCUCCUUGACCGUGACUUUAUUGUCUGGGAGAUGUUGCUGUGCACAGGAGGACUCCAUGCCCCAUACAUAUCUGUAGAGAUACAUUUGAUCAGACAUAUGUUGUUAAAUCUAAUGUUUUGGUGGGAGAUAGUCGUUAAGAAGGGGUCAACCCCUAUCAAAUACAACUAUUUGAU